AUGGACUUGAGCAAAACCCCAGCAGCACCGCCCCCGCCGGGGGUGACCCCCAAUUUCGACAAUCCUGAUGGCUCUGAAUAUGAGAUCUACUCGAUCAGUAUCGCCCUAUGUAUGACCGCGACUCUGACCUUGAUGGGUCGCCUUUAUACCCGUGCUGUGAUUUUGCGGGCAGUCGGUCUCGAUGACUGGUUAUGUAUUGGUGGCCAGAUAUGUGCAUGGAUCUUCACGGUCCUGAGUAUCCUUAACAUCAGAAACGGCUAUGGGGUCCACAUCUGGGACUUGCAUCUCGACAAGUUAACCCCGUUCAAGCAGUAUGAUCUCGUCGAAGAGGACAUCUACGCCCUCGGGGUGUGGUUCGUCAAGACAGCCAUCUUGGUCUUCUAUCUGCGUCUCAGUCCCGAAAAGCGCUUCCGCCAAAUCACCUAUGGCAUCAUCGCCUUCGUCGCUAUCUAUACCCUGGUCAGCCUCCUCAUCUUCACCCUACCGUGCCGACCCAUCGCCGCUACCUGGGACGUCACCCUCAUGGCGGAGGCCAAGUGCAUCAACCAGUUCGAUUUCGUCUAUGCCAACGCGGCUUUCAAUAUCCUUUCGGACCUGAUGGCCCUGGUUUUGCCCAUCAGACUGUGCUGGAACUUGCAGACCUCCCUCAAGCAGAAGGUGCUGCUGAUGUUUCUCUUCAUCAUGGGUUCUUUCGCGUGCGUCGUCGCCAUCAUCCGAGUCGUGACAAUGAUGCCCUUUAUCGACAGCAACGAUUUCACCCGGUUCAAAGUGACCCUCGCCAAAUGGUGCAUGGUCGAAAUCAACGUCGGCAUCAUCUGCGCCUCUCUCCCCGCCCUCCGUCCCCUCCUCAUCCGCACCCGCAUCUUCAGCGCCCGCGACAUGAGCGCUGAACCCGACAGCAAGUAUCCCCCGAAGUCCUCGCGCAAGAAGGUCAGCCGGUCGUGGAACAAUAUCACGGAGUUGGAUAGUCAGCGGACGCUGCAGGGUGGGCCGGAGGGUGAUGUCGAGAGCGCCAUCCCUCAGGGCGGUGAUAACUCUGGGUCUGGCGUGGUGGAGGACCGUACGAUUGUCAAAUCGACGGACUUGGAGGUGAGCUAUGAGAAGGAUAAUCCGCCUCGAGUAUAAUAUUUUCUUUUGUUCUUU